AUGAUUGUUUUUACCGAUUUGUGUCAUGUUCACGUUGGAUCACCAAUUUCUAUCUCCACCAACCAUGAGGAUGAGAUCUCGUAUUUCCCAGAAACUUUGCAAUUCCAACCCGUCAUCAAUGCCAGCUUCCAUUGUGCAGAUGUCGAAAGAACUCUGGCCGUCUCAGCAGCCUUGUCCAACGCAGACAUUGUGCAACUUUGGGGCGGUAGAUGUCAAGUCGAGCAUGAUUCACCAUUUGGCAUUCAACUUUUACCGAUUGUUGGGGCACAUGCCUACAACAAUGCAGAAAAGGUCAUUGUUUGCUGCCAAGACGGAUCGAUCACCGUCUAUUUGCUUGAUCAGACUGAAUCACUGAGAAAACAGAUUGAUGCCACCACAGAUGCCCAGUUUCGUUUCGAUGUGUUUGGUGAAAUCACUACUGGCCAAAGAUUCCACCAACUGAACAUUGCUUUUCCACAUGAGCUCAAACAUGGAUCGGUUUCAGUUGACAUUAUGUUUGCAUUGGCCGCGCUUUCCCUUUGCAAUGUUUUGUUUCAAUAUGACCAAUUCCAUGAUAUCUGGGCUAUUCUCAUUCAAGGUGACAGCUCAACCCUGCAGGCAAAGACUUUUGUCCAAGAAAUUCUGAAAGCGGUGUUCACAGAAGAUGUGCUCCACACCCUUGGGCGUGAGCUGCACACGGACACAGAUCACCGAAUCCUUUUCAGACCAUGCAGUGCCAAAUGCCCAGCACCACCUGAAGUGAUGAAGACUGUCUUCGCAGUUUUGUUUGCCCGAAUUUUGCUCGACAAUUUUGCAGUCUCACAUGGCCAAGAAACCAUCCUUAAAUGGAGAGGUCGUCCUUUGUGGAAAGGACGCAUGGAUACAUCCGUUUCAGCUGAGGUACUUGCCAAAGCUCUCCAGUAUGCAUUAUCGGCGUGCACAGAUUUCUCAGCGAUCCGAAUUGUCCAUCGUUCCAAACAGUUUGCAUCCGGCUUCGUUUCCGAACUUGAACCCUCGCCCGGCAACCCAUUGUUGCUGCAUUUAUCCGAAGAAAUUUGGGGAGGAGGUGGUCCCAGCUCAACAAAAGGGCAAGUUAAGCAGAAAAUCAGAAACAGCAUUGCAGGAUCCCUUUUGUCUCAAGGAUUUGAACUGGGAUGGGUGCAUUCAAAUGUCGAAAAGAUUUUGGACCAAGUGCCACAAAGAACAUUGAUGCCCAUAGUUGCCUUGCCGGAUGGACAGCAGAAAGAAACAAAGUUCAAACAGAUGCUGUUGGACUGCAACAUUGACUUGCCGAAAAUUGAGACCAGGUCCACAAAGGCCCAAUCACUGAUGCCAAAGCACAAAAAGCGACAGACCAUGUAUCUCAAUCCUGCCGAGUAUCAGCUUGAUUGCUCUUGCUUUCUCAAUGAAGAUGGCUCACAUCCAAAUCAGAUCACGGAUUUCCGUGGUGGCAUGACCGGAGUUUGUUUGGUUGAUGCAGACAUGGCCAAGCCUUGGCUCCACAGCAACAAACAACUUUCCUCGGAUGAGUUAGGCAUGUUGAUCCUAGGACCAUUGCCAGUUAAGUGUGAUCUUGACCAUCAGGAAGUUGUCGUGCCAGGAUGGGAUCGAAUGCAACAGCAUGUCUUGCUUAGUGCUACUUUGGUUCAAUUUGGCGCAAAGAAGCUUGCUCCCAAACAGUGGGAGAAGACCAUUUUCACUGCCAACAUUUCCAAAGUUGUCGCUUUCACCUUGUGGAGACAGGAUUGGACAAAAGAAGAAUGGGGUGCUGCUCUGUCGCAAACAAAUCAGUUCAUCCGUGAAAUCUUUGCAUCGCAAGGAGUCCAUGCCAUUGUCGCAUUUUGGGGACGUAGCCUCCGCUCAGGGCGAUCCCAGGCGACACCAGACAAUGCCACGAGCAUGCAAAUCCAUGCCUCUAUUGAGUCCGAGAACUACCUCAAGUUGCUAACCCUCACCGGGUUCAACAAAGUUUGGGCAGCACCAAAGCUCGAAUCCGGGCGCCUGAGCGAUGAAUUCCGCAUUUUGUGGCUACCAGCUACAGUUGAUGACUUGCAGAAAGCAGCCGCUAUGUCAGCCACCAUGUCAGGCAAUUGCGGGCUUGUACGCGGAAGAAGUAACUUUGGCAUCAGAUUGUCCAAAGCAAGCUUUGAGUCAGCAUGGAAACAUUUGCACCCAUCAGAACCUUGCCCGCCAGAUAUCCCCUCAACAUUUGUGUACAAGCUUGAGCCAUUGCCAUUUGGAUCCAACCCGCAAGUUUUGUUGGAAUGGGGAAAGCACGUGAAGUGGGUCUUUCGACCAAUGAAGCCGACUGGACCAAGGGCAUGGCUGGUAUGCACGGGCGAAGCGCCACCUUCCACACAAUUGGCAUUUAACGGCCAGGUUGUCCUCGCCACCUUGCUGCCACCGCGACAAAGUGCCAAAACUUCCAUGAUAGUUGCCGGACCACGUUUGCCAGCCGCUGACAAAAGAGUCACAGAGAAGAAUUCAAACACCAACACAGACCCAUGGGCAACAUACCGAGCCAUGAAUCCAUUCUCUGCGCAUAGCUCACAGCCCACUGCUGUCGCCACACCUGGCCCCACUGAAGCCAGAUUUCAGCAGCAAGAGGAGAAGCUAACUGACUUCGAGCAGAAACUGAAUGAAAUCCAGAGCAUCCAACAGCAGCAAGCCCAUACCAUGUCUGCCAUUACAACCGAAGUCCAAACAACCGAGAAGCGAUUGCAAGCUUCGGUCACCCAAGCAAUCGAUGGCGUCAAAGCUGAGCUGACCAACUCGUUCGCAGCAGCUUUGGGCGCACAGACAAAACAGUUUGACCAUGGAAUGAAUGAAAUCAAAGCUCUGUUGCAUGCCUCCAUGAAGCGCAAAACAACAGAGCCAGGAGAAUUCACUGACUCCAUGUUGCAGAUGAUACUCCAGAGGGUUUUGCGUCAGCCUAAGACUUGGAUUGGACUUGGAGUUGACCAGGAGGACAUUCAAAAAGUCAUGCCUUUGCUUGCCACCUGUGACGCACCCACAACCCUGGAGGUUGCGCACAUUGUUGAACUCCAGAGCACCCAUUUUGUUGAUAAGCUUCGUAGCAAGGUCGCAGCUGCAGUGGUGGGUGAAUCCCAUAACCUUAAUCCCGCUGUUGCGCUGUUAUUGGCUGGUAACCAAGUCUUGGAUCCCAAUGUUUGGCUCAUUCUACAAGCUAUUAGGGCAGCACAGACAUGGCUUGCUGUGCAAGACCCAGACAUACAAGCCACGUUUUUCAAAGUUGCAUCCCAAUUUCUCGGGGGUGCGUUAGCUGUAAAAGGCCCUGCAGCAGCUUUGAAAUGCUACCUGCGACGUGUUGAUUGGGACAUUAGCCCUGAUGGAAGUAUUCACACAUCCGCAUUUGAAAAGCUGCACUUGCUCAGUGACCCGCUAGCAAAAUUCAACAUGCAUUUGACACUUGCAUGGCAAAGGGACCUGCUGAAACUCUACACCACUCGUAGAAACUGGCAUUACCUGCCCGACAUCAGCCGGCUCGACACCAUUCAAGUCCUUCGCAAGUUUGAGGACAAGCAGCGUCGGCAACUAAUUCGGCACAUUAGUGGAGCAUUCCAGUUGGAAACGCAAAAGCAACAGUGGACCACUGCCACUGAUCAAUGCCAAUUCUGUGGUGAGACAGAUAGCUAUGCGCAUAGUACAACAGCGGAAGUUCAAGUGCGAUGCAAAGCGAAGCUGAUCGUUUUCACCAGUCAUGAGACUCCACUUCGCCAAUCGGUGCAGUUAGAUCUUUUAAAGACGCGGGGACAAACAGAAACCUCCAACUGGUAUCCCAGUAGAGCCAUUGAUUACAACAGAUCUGGACAAAGUUCUGCUGAGGGGCCGUUUCCUUUAAAGAAACCGGUGUGGGAGUACACUGUCAAAGGACUCAAUUUUCAUCAAACACCCUGUAUCGACGACCAGCACAAUGUUUCUCGAAAAACGGGGCGCGUGGCGAUGCUGGGAGGAUGCAACUAA